GAACAGAACAUCUGCCAGCGCUACGACCAGCUGAUGGAGGCGUGGGAGAAGAAGGUUGAGCGGAUGGAGAACAACCCGCGUCGCAAGGCCAAGGAUAGCCGCACCAGGGAGUACUACGAGAGACAGUUCCCUGAGAUACGCAAGCAGAGAGAGCAACAGGAGCGCUUCCAGAGGUAAACUGAGGGAACGGGUAACUGGAAUUAAACUUUUCUCUUAUGCAGCCUGGAAGCUACGAUGCAGCAGUAGAGCUGUGAUGAAUCUCAAAAGUCUUCCCUCGAUUGCUUGCGUCUUCUCUCCUCGCCUACUUCUCAAAAUGCAUUGGCAAGGAUCCCCUUCUACUGAAAAUACAGGACAGGUGAAAGCAAUACAAUCAAUGCCUCAUAUUAUAAGAAAUUGCUAUCACUUGUCCUGUUUCUUUCAGAUCAGUGCAGAAUGAUGGAGAGGUAACAAGGAGAGGAGGCCUCUUUUCACUAUUGAGAUGCAUCCUAGGUGGUGUGCUGCAGGCAGUCUGCAGUGGGCCUAUCAGCUGUCUGUGUCGGGGGUCAGAGUCCAGCCAGCGUCUGGCUGUUCCUGGCACACAGGCUUGGGUCUUUCUCUGAAAUCUCCUAGCUAAGCAGGUCAGGGCUGUUUGUUCAGACUGAUAGUACUAGACCAGGCAGUGAAAGAGCAAAAGCAAUGAUUAGCCAAAAAGGUACAGCCGAUUUCUUCCCCAUUGUUUUGUACACCAAUGUCCCUGUUGUGUAUUUUAGACUAUUUCCUUUUGAGGAUUGUUCUCAUAUUUUGGAUGCUAUCAUUGUAGCUUUAAAGAGUCAACAUUAGGGUCAGGAUGUGUCAUGGAAGGUUGAUUCAUGAUGCUAACAUUCCAGAUUGAAAAGUUCAUUGUAUCCUUUUUAGAAGUAUUAUUCUACAGGAGAGAAAAGAGAAACUGAUAGUCAACUAUAAAGUAAUUUCCCUCAAGUUUGAAUGAUUUUAGUCGACUUUAGUCACAACAUGUUGGCUGUUUAAUUUGAUUCAUGAUCGCUCUUUGCCUUUUGUACUUUUGUUUACAGUGAAAAAAAAAAAAAGGGGGGCCAUUGUUGCCCAAACAGCACAGUUGCACAUUAAGUAAUAAACCACCCUUGCAAGUCCUUCAGAACAUUAAGGUAGUAACUGUACUCAUUUUGGGUCCUUGUGAUUUUAUGUUUUCCACUUCAAAGGCUUUUGUGAAACUCUUCUUAAAUUUAACUUUUUUAAAAAUUAUUACUUAUUUUACAGUGCCUUCAUAAAGUAUUCACACCCCUUUACUUUUUCCACACUUUGCUGUGGUACAGCCUGAAUUAAAAAUGGAUUAAAUUGAGAUUUUGUGUCACUGGCCUACACACAAUACCCCAUAAUUUCAAAGUGGAAUUAUGUUUUUUAGAAAUCUUUACAAAUUAAUUGAAAAUGAAAGCUGAAAUGUCUUGAGACAAUAAGUAUUCAACCCCUUUGUUAUGACAAGCUUGCUUAACAAGUCACAUAAUAAGUUGCAUGGACUCACUCUGUGUGCAAUAACACUGUUUAACAUGAGUUUGAAUGACUACCUCAUCUCUGUACCCCACACAUACAAUUAUCUGUAAGGUCCCUCAGUUGAGCAGUGAAUUUCAAACACAGAGACCAGGGAGGUUUAACAAUACAAAGAAGGGAACCUAUUAGUAGAUUAUUAAAAUAAAAUAAAAGCAGACAUUGAAUAUCCCUUUGAGCAUGGUGAAGUUGUUAAUUACACUUUAGAAGGUGUAUCGAUCCACCCAGUCACUACAAAGAUACAGGCGUCCUUCCUAAUUUCACCAUGAGGCAAAUGGUGACUUUCAAACAGUUAGUUUAAUGGCUGUGAUAGGAGAAAACUGAGGAUGGUUCAACAACAUUGUAGUUACUCCACAAUACUAACCUAAUUGAGAGAGUGAAAAGGAAGCCUGUACAGAAUAAAAAUAUAUCAAAACAUGCAUCCUGUUUGGAACAAGGCACUAGAGUAAUACUGCAAAAAAUGUGGCAAAGCAAUUCACUUCUUGUCCUGAAUACAAAGAGUUAUGUUUGGGGCAAAUCAAAUACAACACAUUACUGAGUACCACUCUCCAUAUUUUCAAGCAUAUUGGUGGCUGCAUCAUGUUAUGGGUAUGCUUGUAAUCAUUAAGGACUGGGAAGUUUUUCAAGAUAAAAAAAGAAACCUAGAGGAAAACCUGGUUCAGUCUGCUUUUCACCAGACACUGGGAGAUGCAUUCACCUUUCAGCAGAACAACAACAUAAAACCUAAAACACAAGGCCAAAUAUACACUGGAGUUGCUUACCAAGACGACAUAGAAUGUUCCCGAGUGGCCUAGUUACAGUUUUGACUUAAAUCGGCUUGAAAAUCUAUGGCAACACUUGAAAAUGGCUGUCUAGCAAUGAUCAACAACCAACUUGACAGUGCUUGAAUAAUAUUUACAGGAAUAAUGUGCAAAUAUUGUACAAUCCAGGUGUGCAAUGCUCUUAAGCCUUGUUCACAUUGGCAGUUUGGAGUGACUCAAAUCCUAUUUAUUAGCAUAUCUUAUUCGAAUCUGUUCAUUUUCCAGCAGUCUGAACAGGCAAAAAGCACAUGGACUCAAAAUAGUUCAAUCCACAUUUCAAGCCACCUUCGUAGGUGGUUUGAAGUCAGAUACAAAUAUGAUUCCUGGCCAUGUGACUUGUCUGAAUAUUCAAAUCUGAUUUAUUUGCCCUCAAGUUGAUUUUAGAUUGUUAUUCCACAUAUCUUGUUGCUUGCUAGCUACUCUCUUGACAGUUUGACAAGAACAUGUGCUUGUUAAUUGUUUACAAACAAAUUAGUGAAUGUGCUAGAAAGCUAAACAGCUAAACAUUUGCUAGCCAAAAAGGACUCGUUUGUGAAAGUUGAUUCAUGUUAUCCUUCGAGGCUUACCCUAUGAUUUUGAACAUUUUAAGCAACUAGGAAACAUCCAUGGCAGGCAUUGUUGUCCCCUUAGCUUGCUACAUAACUUCUGAAUGAUAGGAAGCACAAGCAUCACCACCACUCAGCCUACACCACUGCACACACACCCGUCGUUACUAUGACAACUAGCGUAGUCUUGUCAGCAAAUUACUGCUGUCUGAACACACCCAAAUCCGAUUUGGUCACUUGUAACUGGCUGUUUAGUCGGUAGACUAAAACGGAUUUGAAAAACUAAACUGAUUUGAACAUUAAGGCCUGUAACGUGAACAAGGCUUUAGAGAUUUACCCAGAAAGACUCACAGCUGUAAUCGCUGCCAAAGGUGAUUCUAACAUGUAUUGACUCAUGGGUGUGAAUACUUAUGCAAUGAGAAAUUUCUAAUAUAUUUGCAAACAUUUCUAAAAACAUGUUUUCACUUUGUCAUUAUGAGGUAUUGUGUGUAGAUGGGUGAGGGGGGAAAAAAACGAUUUAAUUCAUUUUGAAUUCUGUCUGUAAUACAACAAAAUGUGGACUAAGUCGAGUGGUAUAAAUACUUUCUGAAUGCAUUGUCGAUAGUAGGUGGUGGAGAGGGAAGUUAACUUCCUGAAUGCUAAAGCAACUUAAUUUGUCAGCAGACCUAAUGUUUUCCCAGCAUUGUUUGCAGAUUUCUCAGAAAACUGGUUUGAUACAGCUCGAUUUAGCCUUUUUUCCUUGAAGUGAAGAGGUGACAGAAGGGUCAUGAGGAAGGGAGGGGCACCCUAUGUGAUGAUGUGAUGGCACCUAUAGGGGUUUUGAAGAAGAUUUCAUCUGGUAUUUUUAAACGGUCAUUAUAUUUCCUGUAGUUUCUUAAUUUCCUUGUCUUUUGUUCUCCCAUUAGGGUUGGUCAGAGAGGAACUGGAAUGUCUGCGACCAUCGCCAGAAGCGAGCAUGAGAUUUCUGAAAUCAUCGACGGCCUUUCUGAACAGGAG